UUUGAACACAACUGCGUCACUUCCGUUUGAUGUCGCAUUCCUCACAACAUAAAGCAAGAGCCACCGCUAAAAGCUAACGCUGCACCUAUUGUAGGGGAAUUUCCCACCGUUCCGCCAGGAUAAACAUGUCAGACACGGAGACGAAACCCUCCAGUCAGGACGGGGGCGACAAGAAGGAUGGAGAGUACAUCAAAUUAAAAGUGAUUGGUCAGGACAGCAGUGAAAUCCACUUCAAGGUGAAAAUGACCACACAUCUAAAGAAGCUGAAAGAGUCUUACAGCCAGAGACAGGGAGUUGCGGCGAGCACGCUACGGUUUCUGUUUGAGGGACAGAGAAUUGCAGAUAACCAAACCCCAAAAGAGCUUGGCAUGGAGGAUGAGGACGUCAUUGAGGUUUAUCAAGAACAGACCGGUGGACUUUGGAACCAUUAAACCCACAUUUUCUGAAUCUUUUUUUUCUUAUUAUAAUUUUUUUAUUAUUUUUUUUUGUAUGUAUGUAUUUCUGUUAAGUUUCAAACCAUCUGAAUCAAAGGAGAAAAAAAAGGACUCAAUCAGGGCUUCCAUGUGGUGCAAAGACCGAGGACUCGAACCUGUGGCUCUGCCGCCGAUCAGCCGUCUUACACUCAAGAUUUUUCCCAGCAGCCAUCAGCUUUUGUGUUGUUUUUAUUUGAUUUACUUUGCUGUCACCAUGUACGUUUGCAGGGAAUGGUUUUAGCAGCUUCUCUUUUUAACCUAGUUUCCCCAAAAUCUUUAAUGAAGAAAAAUGGCAUUCUGGGUAAAUGGGGACAACAGAAACCGUAAUCUGAGCGCCAUUUCUUAUUGAUACACCUCUGAUCUUUGCAUCUAUUUAAAACAAAUACUUGUUU